GGCCGGUGUAUAAGAGGGCGUGCGUCGGGUCGCCAGCUCAGAGCAGUCGUCGGCCGCCACCCGCAGGCAAGCUCGUUCGAUUCCGCCACAGACACGAUCAUCCCUUCUUGCUGUCACCGGUUUCCACCUCCGGACCAACUCGACGCUUUUUAGCCAACGCGACCACGUUCAUUUCUACAUCAUGUCCAACUUUCCUCACGCCGAGGCCCUUUUCGGGUCCUCCCACGGCUCUAGCAGCCCUGGGGAAACUUACACAAAUCCCUAUGGCAACUACACUGUGGUAGACACAGUGACAGAGGAUAUGCUGGACCUGGUUCAUCCCCAUUGGUACGGAUUCCCCCCCAUGAACGAAAUGUGGUACGGGCUUGUAGCCUUCUUCCUCACGUGCAUGGCCGUACUUGCCAUCAGCGGCAAUUUCAUCGUCCUCUACGUGUUCUGCUGUACUAAGACUCUCCGCUCUCCUUCCAAUUACUUCGUGGUCAACUUGGCUCUGUCUGACUUCAUCCUGAUGUUCUGCAUGUGCCCUCCUCUUGUCAUUAACAGCUACUACCACACCUGGAUAUUUGGACCUUUCUGGUGCCAAGUGUACGGAGCUAUCGGCUCACUUACUGGCUGUACCUCCAUUUUCACCAUGGUGUGCAUCUCUUUUGACAGAUACAAUGUUAUCGUAAAGGGCAUUGGUGCAAAACCACUUACAUCAGGCAAGGCGUUGGUGCAGAUCGUUAUUGUGUGGCUUACCUCCGCCGUUUGGACCUUCGUCCCAUUCUUUGGCUGGGGCCGCUACAUCCCAGAGGGUAACAUGACGGCUUGUGGCACAGACUACCUCUCUGAAGAUAUCCUUACAGUCAGCUACUUGUAUGCUUACGCUGCUUGGGUCUGGCUCGUCCCACUUUUCCUCAUUGUGUACUGCUAUUGGUAUAUUGUGGCUGCUGUUGCUGCCCACGAAAAGGCCAUGAAGGAGCAGGCCAAGAAAAUGGGAGUGAAGUCCCUGCGCGGAGACCAAGACGCACAGAAGAAGUCUGCGGACUGCAAGCUGGCAAAGGUGGCUUUGGUGACCGUAUCGUUGUGGUUCAUGGCCUGGACCCCUUACCUGGUUAUCAACAUGGCAGGCCUCGUUGACAAGUCUGUCGUCACUCCUCUCUUCUCCAUCUGGGGUUCUGUCUUCGCCAAGGCCAACACUGUCUACAACCCAAUCGUGUACGCCAUCAGCCACCCCAAGUACAAGGCAGCCCUGUACCAGAAGCUUCCUUGGCUGCAAUGCGCGACGGAUAAUGGUGAUGACAGUGAAACCAAGUCCACCGCCUCCAACGUCACCACCAGCGAAAACAAGGCCUAGAGCCACGGAGCGACCUGCAUGACCUGCGAACGUGAACGAGCUUGUAACGGCUGACGAACCGAUUAUUUUCGAAAUGCGCAUUUCGAGUCGACUCUGUUGACGACCUGUUUUCGGCACAGACUUUUCAUUUGUUAUCCUGUUUCUUGUCUGAAUGAUGAGUGGAUCCUGACAUGCGUCAAUUAAAUCCUAGCAAAUUG